GCCUCUGGUGCCACGCUGCUGCUAGUGGCCCGCCGCCGCGACCGAGGACCAGACCAAGGAUGAAGGAGGCCGGACCGCCGGAAUCGCAGCGAGGAAGGAUCGAGCGGAUGGGUGUGCUCUCCUUAGUCGGGAGGGUGCUCUUCGCCUCCAUCUUCCUCCUCUCCGCCUACCACGAGGACUCUGAGUUUGGAUCUGAUGGUGGACCAGCAGCCAAGUAUCUGGAGCCCAAGUUCAACGUCUUCGUCAAGCAGGUGUCCACCAGCACUGGAAUGGCUGUGCCGCACGUCGAAAUCAAGAGCGUCAUUCUCGCUACCAUGUACAUUAGAGUCUUUGGUGGUCUCAUGUUCAUACUCUACAGCUCGGUCGGAGCGUUCCUACUGCUUGUUUACCUUGUCUUCAUAACCCCUGUUGUGUACGACUUCUACCACUACAAAAUGGAGUCGCCGCAAUUUGUUCAGCUCUUUACCCAGUUUUCACAGAACCUAGCCCUUUGCGGUGCGCUGGUCUUCUUCCUGGGGAUGAAGAGCUCCAUCCCAAGGAGGUACUCCAAAAGAAGGAUUGUAAAGAGCAAGACAACUUGAUUGAAGUCAGCUGUGAUUUGUAGUAGGAUUAGAAAGCUACUUACGUUAAGCUCGUCAUGUUUUAGGUACACAUGUCCUACUUCUGCCCAUAAAAUAUGUGUGGGCCUACAGGAUUUGAUAUGUAGGAAUUUAAGCCGUCUAGCUUUGCUCAGUUCUGGUUUUCGGAAUAUAUUUCAAUAUGUAAUCACAAAACAUUGUGAGUCCAAGUGACAUCGGGUAGGUAUUAUGUGGUGUUAUUUCUACCUUGCUGAAGCUCUAGAGUUCAA